UCACUAUACGGUAACAUUUUUUGACAAGGGAGCACACUUGAGAAGAACAUGGCUGAUCCGCCUAAACCCCGCAGCUGGUCGGAAUCUUCUGCUAUCUGGGAUAAGCGUUGUACUGUGCUUUCCUCUUUAUUUUAUUGAGGGCGGAGUUCACAAGCAGUAGAAUAAAAACCCGUUUCGUUUGCAGAAUCUACCUGAAUUAUUCCAGCAGGUUGUCCAACAAGUUGAAAAGAUGGCUGAAAGUACACACAGUGGUUUUCUCGGACAGUUCAGCACGUUCAUAAACAUCGACUUAAAGAAAGAACUGAAGGAGCUGGCAACUCUGGCUUUGCCCGUGUUUUUGUCCUACGUUAUGGUCUACUUGAUCGGUUUUGUGAGCGUUGUAUUUUGUGGACAUCUGGGAAGGACGGAGCUGGACGGGGUGGCGCUAGCUACAGCGAUUAUCAACGUUUCAGCGGUUUCCGUAGGCUAUGGUUUGGCAUCAGCAGCAGCCACAUUAAUAUCCCAAACCUUUGGGAGUGGGAACCUUAAGCGAAUUGGCGUGAUUGUGCAGAGGACAUUUCUCAUCUUAAUGUUGGCCUGCUUCCCUUGCUGGGCCAUUUUAAUAAACACAGAAUCAUUAUUGAUUGCUGUUAAACAGGACCCUGAGGUUGCCAGACGAUCUCAGGAAUAUGUAAAGAUUUACAUGGGUGCUCUUCCAGGAUUAUUUGCAUUCAUAACCGAGGCAACAUAUCUGCAAAAUCAAGGAAUUAUGUGGCCGUUGGUCAUCUCUGGAGCUGUAAGCAAUGUGAUCAAUGCCUUGUCUAACUACAUUUUUAUUUUUGUUUUGGAUCUUGGUGUUGCUGGCUCUGCAGCAGCCAAUGUUGCUUCACAGUACACUAUGGCUAUUAUACCUUUGGUCUACAUCUGGUAUAAAGGACUUCAUAAGAACACCUGGCAGGGCCUGUCCAUGGAAUGUCUACAGGAGUGGGGUGAGUUUAUGCGACUUGGCCUUCCAGGCAUGAUAAUGCUGGGUGCAGAGUGGUGGACCUAUGAGCUGGGUGCAUUUUUGGCAGGUUUGAUAAGCGAAGUAGAGCUUGGAUCCCAAUCAGUUACUUAUGAACUGGCAAACAUUGCAUACAUGUUUCCUAUAGGCUUCAGUGUGGCAGGCAGUGUGAAAGUGGGAAAUGCUCUGGGGGCUGGAAACACUGAACUGGCAAAACUGUCUGCUAAGAUCUCCAUAACCUGUGCAGUCUCCAUCUCGGUGUGCUUGGCAGUUAUCAUUGGCAGUUGCAAAGAUGUCAUUUCUUACAUCUUCUCAACUGAUCAAGAGAUUAGAGAGACAGUCAGUAGAGUAAUGGUGCUCUAUGCCCCUUUCCAUAUUCUUGACGCAACAGCCGCAGCUGGUGGGAGUAUUGUCAGAGCCCUAGGAAAGCACUUGUUUGGGGCAGCUGGAAACCUGGUUGGAUAUUAUGGCAUAGGCUUUCCUAUUGGAGUAUCUUUGAUGUUUGCUGCUAAAAUGGGCAUAUUUGGUCUUUGGACUGGCCUUUUAAUUUGCGUGUUCCUGCAGUCAGUUUUCUUCAUAUUCCUUCUAUUAAAGCUAAACUGGGUGAAAGCCACAGAGGAGGCACAGAUAAGAGCUGGAGUUCAAUUGGAAUGCUCAGAGGAUGAUACAACAGAGAGGACUAAUAGUGUUUAUGUGAUUGAUGAAGGCCCUCACUCUGACACUGAGAUGCUGGCAGAGAAUCUCCCCAUCUUGAUAACAACGAAGAAUCCAUUACCCUUACGAAUCUUGGUGGCUCGGAGACUCCUGACUCUGUUGGCUAUGUUCAUUAUUCUGGCUGUAGGAAUUUCUUUAAGUGUAAUUAUAAAGCGGUAGCCUAAAGCCGUGCUUCAGAGUUAAUAGUCACAGGGAAUUUACUAGAUAUUUUUUCUGUUAUUGACUUCAGGCAGAAGGUUUACAGCCUCUUGUUAGGUCUUAUGUCUCAGGAUCUACAGAAGUGCAUAUUCUAAUUAAUAAUUUUUUAUGGGGAAAUAUUUCUUUGUGUGUGUAUAUAUAUAUAUAU